CCCGAUUCAAAUUUGCGAAUGGUAGCUAGCUUGGGUAGGAAGCGUAGGCGCCGUGGCACUAUAAGGACCCAGUGUAAAGUCUUUGGAUUUUGUUUUCCUCUUCGCAAACACAGACGAACAGACAUGGGCGAGAAAUUGUUAUUUUUGGCGCCAGUGGUGCUACUUGCGUUCUUCGGUCUCGGCGUAGACGGCCAACGCUACUACAACUACUACCCCCGUAGUUACUACGGACGCAACUUAUACGAGCACGGUCGCUCCAUCUCGGACAACACCGUGUCAUGCGGACCCCACACUUGUGGAGUUGGGGCCCACUGCACCCACGGAAGCGUGAGGCCAGUAUGCGCCUGUCUGCCAGGAUACUCGGGCGACCCGCUGUCACAGUGCAUCAAGAUCGAGUGUCUGGAUAACAGCGAGUGCAGAAGCCACCAGACCUGUGUGAAUCAACAUUGCGUCAACCCAUGUGAAGGCACAUGCGGUGUGAAUGCAAACUGCGACGUACGCAACCACGUUCCGGUGUGCACAUGCCCAGCUGGAUACACCGGCAAUCCUUUCUCCUCGUGCAGAAUCGCUGAUCCUGAGGAAGCUUGCCAUCCUUCGCCCUGUGGUGCCAACACCAAGUGCCAUGUCGCUAACAACCAGGCCAUCUGUACCUGCCUGCCAGGAUACAGAGGUAGCCCGCUAGCCGGAUGCCGUCACGAAUGUGAGUCGGACGGCGAGUGCGGAGCGCAGCAGUCGUGCCGCGAUUUCAAAUGCGCUAGCCCCUGCAGUGAUUGCGGUGUCAACGCUGACUGCGAGACUGUUGCUGCUCAUCGUGCUGUGUGCAAGUGCCCUAGGGGUUACUAUGGCGACCCGUACAGGAUCUGCACCCCCGAGUGCACCUCAGACACCGAGUGCCCCAGCUACAAGCCCGCGUGCGUUUACAAUGCGUGCAUCGAUCCCUGCAUCAAUUCGUGCGGUGUCAACGCCGAGUGCCAUCUCCGCGGGCUCACGCCGGUGUGCUCCUGCCCUAGGAACAUGACUGGUGAUCCCUUCACCUACUGCAGGCCUUUCGAAGCCCGUGACCUUUGCGAGCCUAAUCCUUGUGGAACCAAUGCCAAGUGCACCCCUGGCCAUGACCGCACCGGAGCCGAGCGCCCUGUCUGCACCUGCCCCACUGGAUACAUCGGCAAUGCUCUCGUUAAUUGCGACAAGGGUGAAUGCGAGUUGGACGCUCAGUGCCCAGACCACUUGGCUUGCGUUGGCUACCAGUGCGUGGACCCUUGCCUCGGCAACACUCAGUGCGGCUCUGGCGCUGUGUGCAUGGCGCGCCGGCAUCUUGCCGUUUGCACCUGUUCCUCAGGUCACAACGGCGAUGCUCUUGUGAAUUGCUACGAAUCUCGGUCGGUGGCUGCCACCACUCGCUACUACAGAUACAAGAGGAAUGGUGACUCGGUGUCAGCUGAUACUAAAGCCGCGGAAGAGGCGGAAGACGCGAAAGUCGUGGAAGAGACCAAAGUCACGGAGGUGAAGAACUUUGAUGAGGUAAAAGAAGAAGUAAAGGCCGAAGUCAAAGCCGAAGUCAAAGCCGAAGUCAAAGCUUAAACAACGGGUACCAGGACAUCACUUUUCGGUUAUAGUCUGACAAGGAUGGCAAUACCUAUUAAAAAGCCCAAUAAAUAACGUAAAGCCUAAAAAGUUUAGUUCAGAAUGUAGACUACAAUUGAUCACGCUCCUUUUCUUCCAAACGGUUGUGUUCUAAAUUAAAUAUUCCUAAUACACAUGUCUUUAAAGAUUUGAUCUUCAUGAUCAAAGCGUUACCUUAAAUAAGUUUAUUCCUAACCAUCUACGAUUAAUUUAGAGCUGUAAAUCCAGGAGAAAGGCAUACAAAUAAAAGAAAUUUUUAAUCUAAAAAUCAGAAAAGGUACGCGCAAUCAUUUACAUCCUUGUCAGACUGUAGUUACAAAAUUUGCCGAUGACAAAUAUUUGACUUGCCUUUUGGAUUUGUACUAUGAAUUCUUAAAGCAAUGCAAAUGCAAUGGUUUAACGAAAAUCGCAAUUGCAUUGCUUUUCGGAUUCCUUAUACAGUAUUGUUGUGAAUGCUUUAUUAAUUAUAAUGUUAAAUACUCGCCCUGUCUGAAAAAGAAACGAAAUGACGAAAAUGGAAAUGUAACUAAUGAAAAUACAAAAAAAAAUCCAAUCAAUUUAAUUGUUUAAUUGAGAUUUGAAUGUGUCCUUAAAAAAUAAUAUUAUAAACUGCCAUUUUCACGUGGACAUGAAAUGUGUCGUGUGUUGCAUUCGUUUAACA